AUGGUGAUCGUCAGCUGCAAGGAUGCUAAGAAGAAAGAUUGCAAGGUAUUGUUCUGCAUUCAAUCGGCGGUAGACUCGGCGAAUUUUGAUCAGAUUUCUCAUGAUGAAUCAGCAAAGAAGGCAUGGGAUGUUCUGGUGAAGUAUUACGAAGGCGGUGAGAAGGUUAAAGGCGUCAAGUUGCAGGUUCUUCGACGGAAUUACAAAUUACUGCAAAUAGGAGAAGACAAAAAGAUUGCAGGUUAUGUUGCUAAGGUGCAGAAUAUUAUUCAUCUCAUGAAAGGUUGUGGUGAAACCAUAAUUGAUAAGAUGAUAUUUGAGAAGAAGCAUGAUGGUUGUAACAAGUUCAGAGGCAAGACUCGGAGUAAGAAGUCUUGGUCGAACCCUCAGAAGCAUAAGGUUAAUUAUGAAUUCUCCAAAAUAGGAGAAGAAACUUUGACUAAUAAAGAAGAAAGGAAAGGUGUGCAGUGUUACAACUGUGAAAAAUGGGGUCACUUGGCCAAGCAUUGUUGGUCUAGAAAAGACAAGGGAGAGACAAAAGGCAAGGACGAAGGAGAAAACCUUGCACGUCAAGAUUCAGAUAAUUAUGAAGAUUUGGUGUUUAUGGCUGCAGUUGUAGAUGAACAUGUCGACUCAAAGAUAUGGUUCCUAGACACAGGUUGUUCGAACCACAUGACUGGUCGAAGAAAGUGGUUAGUAGACUUCGAAGAAUCAAAGAAGAGAAAGAUAAAACUUGCAGAUAAUAGCUCAUUGCAAGUAGAAGGUACGGGCGACAUAGUUAUUCAGAGCAGCAAUAGUGGAUAA